AUGAACCGUCCAACCCCACCAAACCCAGAACUUGGUACCGAAAUGGGGCCACGAUCUAUCUACAUCGAUUUACACGCUUUGCUGCAUGAAAUAAAAGCUCAGGGUCGUGGAUGGACUCGCCAGAUUCCAAGAUUUCUAGUCAAGGCUGAAUGGGUCCUUUCUAAGACUUCGGAUAAGGACUGGUGCAAUGCCACAGUAAUCAGCAUAAUAUGUAGUGACAUUAACGUUAACAAGGCGGGUCAGAGACAUGGGAAGCCUGACACUAAGGGAAGGCCGGGUGGCAGCCCAAUGGAAGGAUCAGUGAACACCAACCAAAUCGCAGCAGUUUCUCAACCGAUGAACACGAAAGCUGUCUCAUUUGAAGGACCUCCCAACGCGCCAGCCGUGACUCAAACUAUCUAG